AUGGCUGUUGAACCUCUUGUGUGUGUGGAUGACUUUGAGAAAUUAGCCUUCAAAUUACUACCUAAAAACGCUCUUGAUUAUUACAGGAGUGGGGCAAACCACGAACAAACACUUCAAGAUAACACUGAUGCAUUCAAAAGGCUCCGCAUCCGGCCAAGGAUGUUGGUGGGCGUGGCCAACAGGGACCCAAGUACAACCAUUCUUGGCCAGAAAAUCGACUUCCCUAUCUGCAUAGCUCCAACUGCUAUGCACAGAAUGGCAGAACCUGAUGGAGAGUUGGCAACAUCGAGAGCUGCGGCAUCAAUGAAUACUGCCAUGAUUCUCAGCACCCUAUCAACGACAAGCAUUGAAGAUGUUGCCGCAGCAGCACCAUCUGGACUAAGAUGGUUUCAACUCUACAUCUACCGCGACAGAGCAGUAACUAGAAACCUGGUAGCAAGAGCUGAGAGAAGUGGCUACAAGGCCCUCGUUCUGACUGUUGACACUCCUCUCUUUGGACGAAGAAUCGCAGACUCAAAGAACAGAUUUGUUUUACCGCCUCAUCUCAAACUUGCCAACUUUGAUAGUACUGAUUUCAAAGGAUCUGGAUUGGGUCAAUCAAACAAAGAUUCUGGCCUCUCAGAAUAUGCAAAUUCCCUGUUUGAUGCCUCGUUGAACUGGAGUGAUAUUAGUUACCUCAGAACUAUUUCCAAGUUGCCUAUCGUAGUAAAGGGAAUUUUGACUGCUGAGGAUGCCUUGAAGGCAGUGGAAGUCGGAGUGGAUGGAAUAAUCGUCUCGAACCACGGAGCUAGACAGCUUGAUGGAGUGCCAGCCACUAUUGAUGCAUUACCAGAAGUUAUUUCUGCUGUGAAUGGUCGAUGUGAAGUCUACCUCGACGGUGGUGUGCGACAAGGGACAGAUUGUUUGAAGGCGUUAGCCAUUGGUGCUAGGGCUGUGUUUGUUGGUAGGCCAGUCUUGUGGGGUCUUGCAUGUGAUGGAGAAAAAGGUGUUGGGAAAGUCCUCUCAAUCUUGAAGGAUGAACUCACGAUUGCAAUGGGGCUGGCAGGUUGCAGGAGUGUCUCCGACAUAAAACAAUCUCACGUCGUCAAGGAGUCAUACUAUUGGUCUAAGUUGUGAAAAAUUGGAUGGAUGGCUGCAUGGACAUAUAUGGAUAACCUGUAUAACACUGUGAUAGCAAUACAAAAUGGAUAAUUUUUCCACUUUUUGUGCACAAUGUAAUAUUUACCGAGUUUGAAUUAGAUCUUUGUUGGGGAUAUUGCCGCAAUUAUAAUGAUGCUUUAUCCGUUGUCUAUAGUGAUUGUUAGAGUGCAUCCUUGUUGUUACGAUUCUCGAAGUAUUUCAGGCAAUAGGUUUGUAAAUACAAGUAGCUAACAUUUAACCAGAUACAUAGUUGUGUUGCACAACAAAUAAGCAGUAUUUGCAGACAGAUAUUGGGGAGUUGUCAGAUGUUAGAGAUGCAAAUCUAUGAACAAAUUAUUCUAUAGUAAUAGUUGCAAUAUUGUUGUGCCAUCAAAAGUUAUCUUUUAAAUUCAACAAAAAACCUCUUUAGAAUGUGAUGUGGAUCUGUUGGUGUUGUUUACUGUACCUCAAAGGAAAAUAAAUAUAUUAUGAUGAUGUAAAAA